AGGAUAGAUAAUCCACACUAGGAACUAACCGCUAGUUCUAAGUAUGGUGAAUGCUAGCCUAGAAGGAGAUUGUAGAUGAGAAUAAUCACCUCGAAGGUACUAGAUUCUUGAGAGAGAUAACACAGAGAGUUUUAAGGGUUUUGGAAAUGAUAUUAUUUCUGAUAACGUUCUUCUGCUACUGCAGGGGUACAAAUACUAAAUGACAAAGAGCAGCUAACGGUCUAACAAUGACCUGUCUCAACAGCUGGAAAGUUAAAGUAAAAACUAAAACAGAAAUGAGAUAAGCAUGUUGCUUGGAUAUUCCUUUGUGAUAAGGAUGUCAUGGAUGACUAAUCCUAUGACAUGCGCCUUGUGAGUGAAGUACUAAUAGGAUCAUCAAAAACGUAGACUUAUAAGUUAUAACUCUACAACAGGGUCAGUAAGUUUUUAUGUUAAACUGAAAAAGAGAACGUAACUUUUAGGCCAAGCAACAGAGAGUAUAUAGAGUAAGGAACACCACUGAUACAUAAGACAUCACUAAUGAAGUGAAUUUAUGUUCGGUGUUAAAAGGUUUUUGUUAAUAUGCCUGAAGAAACUAGUUUUGAUUAAUACAUUAUUCCAUAAUUUAUUCAUCGACAUAAUCGAUAAACAUAUCUUUUUCUUUUUGAAACACGAUAAACAUACUUAAAAAAGAAUAUUUACUCUCCUAAUUUUUUUUUUUUUAGUUUAGUUUGCGGAUUUUCACAACCGAAAUUUAAAGGGUAUGCUACAAAGCAGAAUUUUUAUUCUAUUUAUGAUUUGCUGGAAAAAUCUUUUGUUGUUAUUUUAGCGGGGGAAAAUAUGUGUUUUCGAACGAGUCUAUCUAUCUAACUAUCCAGGAGUCAAACCUACGUACCCGAGUGCUCUUACAACGGAUUUAAGUUAAGUUAUGUCAACUUUGAACAGCGACUCAUCUUCCAUGUAUUACAGCUGUUGAUAAAUACAGGAAUAGAUAUCGCAAUGAUAUAAUUGUUAUUUUUAUCAAAAACAAUUAUGUAAUUGUGAUAACCGUAAGAAAAUGAUAUGCGAUUUCGUUAUAUUACUGCUUGUAGUGUCGAGAGGAGUAAUAUGUGAGAUCUUUCAAUUCUAUUUCCUAAACCAAAUAUAUAGAUUAAAAGAAAAAUAAAGAUUUGUUACGGAAAAAGAAAAGAGAGGCAAAAUAAAGACUUCAACCCCAAAUCUCAAUAAGAAUUGAAAGAGUGUUCCACAGCGUAACUUUUCGACAUGUACGUAUUUAAAAUUGUUUGUACCUGCUUAGGUAGCAAAUAUACUAUUCAUCCAAUUAUUCCACAAGUCAACAUCUAAUCGAGUGCUCUUAUAACGGAUUUUAGUCAAGUUCGGAGAAAGAUUCAUUUUCCGUGUGUUACGGGAAUUCUGUAUUGUUUGUAUGAUCUUUUAUUAUUUGCUUCACAGAUUGGAAAAUUUAGUUCAGAAAAAAGAUAUGGAAACUGGUUGGUAAUAAUAUUAUGAUGCUUCAUAAAAUCUUAAAGAUGCUUUCUUUAGUUCUUACGUCAAAAUGGCACGGCAAGUGUGUACACACACGAGUCACAAGAUAUACACUUGGUAUUGAAAUAUAUAAUCAAAGGUAAUACCGUAAUGGUAAAAGAUUUUUCUUAUAUCGAAAAUAACAAUAUUUUUGAAUAAUCACAUCUUGUACUUUGUCUUUUUAAAUAGAAUACCCUUUUUCAAAAAACAAUAUUUUCUUAUAAACAUAAAUAGUAUAAAUCAAUCCAAAAUUCAUAGGCUGAUCGAUACCUAAACAUAUUGAAAUACUGAGGAAAAUAUAUUUUGAGGAAUAAAAGAUUUUAAAAACCUUCUAUACAAAAAUGUUUUGCAGUCUGAGAUUAAAUAUAAACUAAGAGAAUAAUAUGAUACUGCAAGUAGUGUUUGGAGAUGAGCUUUUAGUAUGUGGUCUAAUACAUCUAGAUUCUGGUUAUAAAAGUCACAAACAGACGCGAUCAAGACGUUUUUUUUUUCUUAACACGCGAUCGAGACGUUACAAAAUGUUAGUUGCAAAUUCUUUUUGUAUACAUUGCUCAGAGAAACUAAAGAAAAAUAAACUUUUAUUGCAUGAUUUUCUUCUGUAUCGUUUAACAAACACUAUGCUAUUGGUCUAAUUCUAAUGAUCAUGUAUGACAUUGAUAUUAACUCAUGAAAGAAGACAAUUUAGAGAUUAUAGUUCCAAUUCCUACUUAGUUUAGCUAGUUUGAGUGCUUCAUAUGGUAUAAACAAUCGAUUUUCAUAGGCGGUGGCGAUUACUGUGAUCGCCUAAUUUAGAUAUUACUGAUAUUUGUUUCUACGCGAGCCUAACUCGUUUGUUUCGUCUGAAAUCGCAACCCUUUGAAAUUGACCACUCCACUAAAAGAGUCUAGAAAAGUCAAAUAUUUUUCUUACAAGACCUAAAUUUUCAAAAACUUGUUCGUUGACCUUUGCAUCGUUCUCUCGUGUAUAAAUACCAUUCACGUCAUUCGUUACUCUUCAUCCUAAUAUAUUCAUACACAUAUAAACACAUAUUCCGAUAGAAAACAACUUUGUUUUCUUUUUAUCUCCUUUAAUUUUUUGAAAGUUACGACCAAACAAGAAGAAUGAAGACAUUCAAGAUAUCCUAUUUCGUUGUGGUACUCAUAACGUUCUUGGCCAUUGCUAUAACACUUAGCGAACCGCUAAGGGUUGAGGCGAGCCACCGAGACAGAUACGGUCUGGUGAUUACCGCUACACAAGGUAAAAAAGGUGGGAACCGUACAAGUGCAAUGACAUGUGACAAAAGCCCCAAAGUAUGUCGACUCAAAGGCAGUUCAGGUCGCGAUUGUUGUCGUAAAAGGUGUGUGGACUUGAGGACCAACAAAUUGAACUGCGGAAGAUGUGGGAAAAGCUGCCAAUACUCAGAAAUUUGUUGCAAGGGAUACUGUGUAAACCCGAUGUUCGAUAAGAGACAUUGUGGAGGUUGCUUUAAGAAGUGCAACAAAGGGAGAUCGUGUGCAUAUGGGAUGUGCAGCUAUGCUUGAAGAAACAAUAGGGGUACAACCGUAUAAGGUUACUGAGAAAGGGAUGUUUAAUUUGUUGGUUCAAAUUGGUUUACAAUCACAUUACAAUCUAAACUUAAAAUAUUAUAUAGCUAGCUUGAAUAAGGUUGGUCAACUCGAAAAAAGGUUGGUCAAUUUGUUACUAAAAUUAGAAAGGCUCUUGUAAAAGUUUGUCAUCAUUAUUGUGUUAUUGUUUAAUUUUAUAUUCAUGUGGCAUGUAACAAACCAAUGUAUUAUGUUGUUUACUUGUAUGAUUAAUCUAAAAUUUAUUAUGUUUUAUA